CACUGAAGUUUGGCCGUUUCAAUUGCCUUGUACUUUGUUUGACUUUGCGAUCGCGACGAAGUUUGAUCUAAGUCACGAUAGUCAUAAUGGGUCUUGCAGGCCCUAGGAAUCGGCGAAAGCUCCAGCACGAUCCAAACAAUACGAAAUGGAGCCGUGACGAGACGACCUUCGGCCAGAAAAUCCUGCGAGCGCAAGGUUGGGAGCCGGGAAAAUUCCUGGGAGCACAAAACUCGGCGCAUUCUCACCUACAUACAGCUGCAAGCGCCGCCCCAAUCAAUGUCCUUCUCAAAGACGAUACCCUGGGUCUAGGAGCGAAGCCUAAACACAAGCAGAACACCGAAUGCACCGGCCUCGACGUCUUUAAGGAUCUCCUCGGUAGACUGAACGGGAAGUCCGAAGAGUCAAUCGAAAAGGAAAGAAAGAUCAAGUCGGAGAUCAAGACUUGCUUGUACGUAGAGAGAAAGUAUGGUUCCAUGAGGUUUGUCAGUGGAGGACUCUUGGUUGGAGACCAGAUGGAGGGAUUGACCAGCACAACCACCAAAACUGAAACUACCGAAAAGGAUAUCAAAGAAGAGGAUAUCAAGAAUGAAGAUAUCAAGGAGGAACCUGUCAGCUCAUCGGAAGACGUUCCUGAUCUCCCUGCGAAGAAGCAGAAGAAGGAAAAGAAAUCCAAGAAAAGGAAAGCAGAAGACGUUGAAUCUGCAGAUGAACCCGACGCAACUCCCGAAAAGAAGCGAAAGAAGAAAUCAAAGGAUAAUAUCCCGCAAGACGACUCAACCGACAGCGUAGAAGCUGAAAGCUCCAGCAAGAAGAAGAAAUCUAAGAAGUCCAAACGAAAAGACACGGAAGAAUCGGAUACACUCGAGUCGGAGAGAAAGAAGAGCAAAAAAUCAAAGAAGAGUGCUGAGCGCGAAGUUGAAGGCGACAGUGCGCCGACCCCAUCAGAAGAGGCCCAAGUGGAAAAGUCUAAAUCGAAGAAGGAAAAGAAAGAGAAGAAAGAGAAGCACAAGAAGAAGGAUAAAAAGCGAAAAUCAUCAUCAGAUACGUCGAAUUCGUCAACAGAUGCAUCUACUUCGGCGGACACUUCAACUCCUGCGUCAGGGCCUACCUCUCAGACAAGUGGUGUGUCGACGCCUAAUGGAACAGGCACUUCAACUCCUCAAGCUUUUUCUAUACGGAAUUAUUCUCGAUCGCGCCAUAUCGCAUCGAAACGGAUGGCCAUAGCCGAUUUGCAGGCAAUGAACCAAAUUUUUAUGGUGAAACCGGUUUGAUAGAUAAAGUUAAGCGAUUGAUUAAUCGUAACUAGUGUUGUUGGUUGCAUAAGAGCGUCUGGGCCAUGAUACCCAUAAAUAUAUGAUUCAAUACGCCUCGAUUUAUAGGUAUAGAAGAGAUGAAUAAUACUUAAAUAAGCCUCAGUCAGAGAUAAUAGUUGCACAACUAAGUCAUAAUAGCGUGAACCCCUAAAGAAAAAAGAUUACCUACCUUAGGUACCUACCUAGGUAGGUACUCGACUAGAUUAGCAUCAUCUUACACUAGGGCUUACUUUCUAAUGAAGAUUUUAGUUA